UAAUUAAUUUAUAUCAAUCAAUAUCAACCAGUUUAAAUGUAGUUUUUGAAACAACCAACUAUCUAAGGAUCAGCUCAUCCAGCUUUCAUCAUCUCUCACUUUGUGGCUCUUUGUUUUCCUCUCCUCUCCCUAAACAAGUCUCUCUCUCUUAACAUCACUUUAAGUUAAAACAUUUUUCUCUCUGGUAACAUCAUUUUUAUCCAACAACCACGCUGUAUAAAUGAACUUGUCAUCAUCAUCACCAUUAAUAUUACUAUCAUCAUCAUCUUUAAUUUUCACAUUAGUUACACCAAUAGUUGAAAAUAAUUGUAAAUCAUAGUUUAUUCUUGUAAUAGACAUUUUAGUGAAGCUGACGGAUAAUAUGUGUGUACAUAUGUAAAGUGUUUCUCCAACAACUUUCUGCUGCUGUUUCCUUUCACUUUUGCUUUGCUUUCUUUAUCUUUUUCCCUGUUGUUCAACAGUAUUUUUUUGUUUUACUUUUUAAUUUAAAUCUGUUCCUGCAAGCCAUUUUUGUAAUUAGUUGAGUAUCACAAGGUGAUUCAAUUGUUAACACAAUGGCGUUCACUGCAUAUCAAACUUUUCUAGCAGUGGUUAUGGUUGUCACUGGUUCACUUAAUACUCUUGCAACAAAAUGGGCUGAUCGAAGUCAUUCGCCUGGUCGAGAUGGAGUUGACCGUGAAUUUAACCAUCCAUAUGUCCAAGCACUGGGAAUGUUUCUCGGUGAACUUAGUUGUCUUCUUGGGUUUAAAAUUCUUUACGUUUAUUAUACACGAAAGGAUUACACCGAAGACCAAUUGCCUCCGUCGAUAUCUGGAAACCGUAAUUUUAGGAGAUCCGUUUUUGCUUUACCUGCGUUAUGUGAUCUACUCGCUACUUCCACUAUGUAUGUUGGACUCAAUUUAACGUACGCCUCGAGUUUCCAAAUGUUGAGAGGUUCUUUAAUAAUUUUCACUGCCAUCAUGUCAGUCGUCUUUCUCAAGCGUAAACUCAAGCCCUAUGAAUACCUUGGUAUUGCUUUUGUCAUCUCUGGAUUGACCAUUGUUGGUGUUUCUGAUAUGCUUUCCUCUGGUACCUCUACAAAAAACACGGAUCACAUUAUUAUCGGUGAUGUUCUCAUCAUUUUGGCUCAAAUUGUUACCGCAGCUCAAAUGGUGUUGGAGGAAAAAUUUGUCAACUCACAGCGUGUUUCACCUCUCCAGGUUGUUGGUUGGGAAGGUUUCUUUGGAUUCACAACUAUGGCCGUCUUAUUAGUACCAAUGUAUUUCAUUAAAGUUGGAAAUGGUGUCUUUAAUAACCCUGAAGGACAAAUUGAAGAUGCUAUUGAUGCCUGGUAUCAAAUUAAAAACAAUUGGCAAGUUGCUUGUGGUUUCUCAGGAACAAUAAUCUCAAUUGCUUUUUUCAAUUUUGCUGGAGUCUCCGUAACCAAACAAAUCUCUGCCACAACCCGAACCGUGUUAGAUUCAAUUCGAACCAUUGUCAUUAAAAUUGCUGGUGUUGCCCUUGGUUGGGAAAAGGUUGAUGGAAUUCAAUUAGGAGGAUUUGCUUUAUUAUUAAUUGGAAUGUUCUUAUACAAUGAUGUUCUCAUUCGCCCAGCUUAUCUUAAAUUGAGAGGUCAACGAAAUCGAACCAAUUAUGAAGAAUCAGACAAGAAUAACGAGGAAAACCGAGAAUACACUGAGCCAAUCAUGCAAUGAUUUCCAACAAUCAAGCAACUAGAUCCAUUCUCAGCAUAGAAACAAAUUUAUUUACAUUCAAAAUUGGAAUAGGAAUUAGAGACUUGAAAAGAUACAAAGAAAGAGAUGAAUGAUGAAUACAAAGGAUUCCAUAAUUCACUGAACUUUUUAAAGAAAGCCUUACACGUGAUUUAAUCGCCAAUUACACCAUAACCAUUGAAUCGAAUCAAAUUUUUAUAUCUUUAAAUACCCUUGAAAUUGUGAAUGAAAGAUGACAGUUUUAUUGCCAUUCCCAGUUAAACGAACCUUAAAUGUUUUAACUUUUUUGUCUUGUUAGAUCAUCCUUCUCGAAUUAUUUUUCAUUGUUAAUUGCUAAGUCCAAUCAUUUAUGAAUAUUUACAUUAACUAAAUUAACUAUUAAUGAAUAUCAUGUAAUAUAAUAUGAAGUGAGGAUAAAUGGACACAAAUCUAUGUGAGCUUGCUAAAAUUGAUUGCCUUGGAAGUACUCUUACAAUUUAAUGAUUUAUGCCAAUUCUUACUAAUCAUUCAUUAAGCAUAUCCAAUCUAAUCAGAAGAUUUUCAUUUCUUUUUUCUAUCACCAAAUCUGUUCAACUGAACAAUAAUUUUAAAUGCUAUAUUAUUAAUUGUGAAACUUAUGAAACAUUCAAGUAAAAACACAACAAAACACUGUCAUUAAUUUAAAUAAUUUUCUCAAAUAUCUAUUUGAAUUAAUUGUUGCUACGUGAGUGGACUUAGUCUAAUCAAAUUACUGAUUGAUUUUUGGUUCCGCAUUUUUCAGCAUACCUUCCUUUUUCCUUAAUUGUUAUCCCCAAUUAAGGUGAUCUUUACGAUAUCGUAUAAUUUAAUAACGCUGUUGAGUAAUCAUGUGUGUUUAUUUGAGUGGAACUGUGAGUUUUAAUAAAUUUGAUUACAAUUAUCUA